UUCAGUGCACUGAAGGUUACCUUGUAAAUAUUGCUACAUUUUGAACCUUUUUUCUACUACUUUAUUUAAUUAGAACGCCUUCAGUCGCCAGCAUGAUGGACGAGGAGUUGAUGUGCGAAAGUCUGAUGAAAUGGGUCAGUACCUUUGAAGGAAUCAAAGCUCCUCAUAAAACUGUCGUGGAAUUAACUGACGGUGUUGCCCUCUGUGAAUGCUUGGCUGAAAUUGCUCCAGACUGGUUUGAUGAUGAGUGGGUUUCAAAAAUUAGACAUGAUACAGGAGAUAACAGGAGACUCAAGGUAAACAACCUUAAGAAACUUGUGAAAGGAGUCCAUGAUUACUAUACUGAGGUGCUGACAAUGGAUAUUUCAGGAUUUCCCAUGCCUGACGUCAAUGCAAUAGGUACAGUACAUACUGCAAUACAUGUUCAGAAUAAAGCCUUGACACUGCUGUCUCUGUGUCUGAUCGCAAAGAGUUUGCCUUGCGGUCGAGACUGGACCAGUUUAGCACGUUGUCUUCAGAUGCCGGCUUCUACUGGAACAUCUUCAAAUGACAUUCUCCGAUUCAUUCGUCGUCGUGGUUACAUGAUUGUUCCCCAGUCCAACCCUCCAACUGAAAUUGUAAAAUUUAAGGAGAACAGUAAAAGAUCAGCUUACACUGGAAGAUGUCCAUUCAAGAUGGAAGUAAAAGAUUUCGUGGACACCGUGCCGAGGUUUUUGAGCUAUGCCACAUGCAGUAAAUGUGAUGUCCGCUGCAAGCCUGUCACCUACACCAUGAGGCUGCUUCGCAGAAAAUGCGGACAUUACUGGUUGUGGGAAGAACACGAAAUUAUGUCUAUGGAAGAAUCUGUACAACAUGUAGUUAUGAUGGCAAUUCAAGAGCUGAUGACAGCUAAAGAAGGUGGCUUACCAGGAGGAGACAGUGAAAUGUUCAAAGAACUAGAGAUGCAGCACAAGAGGACACUAGAACAACUGAGCAGUAUUGCAGCUGAAAAGGAAGAACUCUCCCAGAGAUGCCAUGAAUUGGAUGAACAGUUGUCCUUCAUUAAAGAACAUGAGGGUAGCUUACAAUUGGAAAAUGACAGACUUAGAGAAAAGUUAAGUCGGCGAGAUGCAAGUGGUGACAGAGAUGAUGAUAUCAGUUUUUCCACUCAGAGACUGCACCAGCUUCAACAGCAGGUGGAGCAGCUUAAGGAAGAGAAUUAUGCUAUGGAAACUUCGCGGGAUGAGUUUAAAAUCAAGUAUGAGCAAAUGGAAAGAGAUGUGCUGCUAUUAAAUGAACGGAAUGAACAACUGCAGAGUUUGGCUGAAGAGUCUCAGAUGCUAAAAGAUGAAAUGGAUGUGUUGCGGCACUCUCAAGAGAAAGUGAUAAAAUAUGAGUCUACAAUAGAACUCUACAAGAAAAAGUUAGAGGAACUGUCAGACAUGAGAAAACAGAUGAAGGCACUGGAAGAGAAAAAUGUGACAUACAUGAAAGAAACCAUGAAUUUACAAGAGGAUCUUCGAAAAGCCAACUCACUGAAAACCCAAGUUGAUACUUACAAGAAGCAGGUUCACCAGCUGCAAGUUCAGGUCUCAGACUUGCAGAGGAGAGCUGACAAGGCGGAGUUUGAGGCAAGGAAGGCGAAAGAGAAAGUCUCAAACCUAGACGGAGAAAAUGAACGUCUACGGCAAGAACGAGUUAAGUUAAAAGAGGAAAAUGAGGAACUACAACUGGCUCAAGUAGCAGGUUCUCCAAUGCGUCAACUGUCCCCUGGUACCCCUCCUAGUGAUGAUUUUGACCUUGGCAGUUCUAUGUCUCCAGAAGUGAAGGAGCGGAUUCUCCGUCUGGAACAUGAAAACAAGAAGCUUAAGGAACAGAAGGAAGGCGAACAAGAAGAACAGAAUCAACUUCUCCAGAGUCUUCUAAAUGAUGCCAAUGAAAGGAAGGACCAGUUAGAGAAGGAAAACAGAGAAUUGAAUCAGAAGCUGAUGGAAGCCGAAAGCGAGCUCGAUGACGUCAGGAAUCAAAAGAGUGCUGGUGAGAUGGACAAAGAUACUGAACUUGGGAAAAAAUACACGGAUCACUUGGACAAACUCAAAGUGGCAAGCGAAGAAUUGCAGAAAAAGAAGGCAUACAUUGACAGUUUAGAGCCAAAAGUGUCAAGCAGUGCGGAAAAAGUGAAUGAGCUUCAGGAACUNACCCCGUUAAGCUCCUUUGACAGCUAA